AUGUCCAAAAUUCAUCAAUGGCAGGCAAAGCAAAUGAGCAUUGGACUCUUGGAUGUCAACACCUGUAUUGCAUUGGAGUACCUUGCCAAUGUUCUGGCCAUCGCUUACUCUAAUCCUGUUAGAUAUAAUGAAUCCCUUGACAAAUACAAAUCCUGUCGAAAUGAGAAACAAGAGCAAAGUCUUUUGGAAAGAUUCCCUCCGGAAGAACAUCUGAUCUUGGCAAAACCAAGCAUCAUCAUUGAUUCUGGUGGCAGAAUUAUUGUCUGGUAUUUGUCUGGAGCCAUGACCGGCAUGUUAAUGACAGAUAUGCAUUGCACUACAAACUCCAUGGGCAAUUUGCUCAACAAUAGCAUCACGACCAGCAAACCUACUGAAUGGUGGACUCACAAGUCCAAUUUAUAUCCCAGUUUGGAUGAGAAGAUCACCCCCAGAUGCAUCAAUAUAUCUCCGGCUUGGUUUCAGCAAGGUAGAGAGAAAUAUGGUUUCCCAAAUCUUGAUCUGGAAGAUGGAUCUCUAUCUGGUGGGAAUUAA